AUGCUACCCUCUGGACCCCGACCAACACUGCAGAGCCAGACACCCAAGAAUUACCAGCCCUCGGAGUAUGUGAAGGGCCUCAAGAAAAUAGAGGAUGCUAUCAAUUGGCAGCUCCCGACGACGUACUUCGCCGAAUCAGAACCUGACCAAUGGCUUCCAGAGCUCUAUUAUGCUGCGGGGUACAUCGACAUCGGUGCCUUUUUGGAAGGCCUCUCGAUCUUGAGCAAGAAGCGGAGCCUCAACUUGGGGCUCAGAGCCUUUUGCAGGGACCUCCUCACGCACUUGGUGUCGCAAGAUGGACGUGCAUUCCUCAGGUGCCUCGCAAAUGUCAAGUCGAUCACAAUUCAGGAAUCUGUUUUCCAGUCAGAAGUGAUUCUGCAGGGCCUAAAGUUGCAUAACCAGAAUACUGGACCCUCACUGUCGUCAUCACCGUCGGCAGCAGCAUCGUCAGCAGCAGCAUCGUCGGCAGCAGCAUCGUCGGCAGCAGCACCGUCGGCGGCAGCACCGUCAACAGUAUCGACAGUGGAUGAUGACACUGUUACUGCUGUUGAUAUAGACAACAACGACGGAUCCGAAAAGGUAGACGAGGGAGAGUACGAGGGAGAGUACGAGGGAGAUUACGAGGGAGAGGACGAGGAAGUGGAAUCAUCCCGAUCUAAAGCCUACAAAGACGCGCUUUGUUUCACGGAUGAGGCACCACAAAUGCCAACAGACAUCCCUUCGACAAAUUUGAAGAGGCUUGUUGCGUAUGCUCACAGAGUGCUCUCUGGAAAUGAUGCACAGCUACAUGAUCUCAAGGAUGAGAGCUUUGCCAAAAACGACUAUGAUCUGAAUUUCUUGCAACAAGAAGUGGAACUGCGCUUGGCUGAGCUUGUUCUGUGCGAGCGGGACGGAAGUUGGGUCACAAAGGAAGAGAAGGUGGAUCUUGCGGUGUCGCGGCAAGUGUACCAGAUCCUGCAUUUUUUUUGCGUGGUGAUUGGCUCUGGACAGUUCGAGAACAAGAACUCUGAGACGGAAUGUGUUGCGUAUUGGUCACACGUCUGGAGGAUUCUAUUCACCAAGACUUGCAUCAUUGUUAACACUGGUGAGAUUGCAUCAGUCGCGACAAGGGAUGACAUGCACAUGAACGAGCUUCUCUUUGGCACAGUAACACAGUCAGGCGGCAGGAAAACCGACACUUUGGUGUUGGCAAAGGAGGUCUCGGGAGGCGAGGUCCACUACAUUGAAUGCUCAGUGAAUGAGCACAAGCCUUUGCACGUGGGACAAGCUACUCUCAAGGAGCAAUCUAGAAAGGUUGUGAGGAUCAAUCGUAGCAUCCUUUCAUGCACAGGCUCGCAGAAGACAGUACUGUUCAUUGAUGCACACGGGCUCCGCGGCAAGAUCUAUGGUAUGCGUGCCAUCGAGGACGUUUAUGGUGUAUCCGCAGCCCUGGGCAAGGUCUGUUUGCCCUCCAACAAGUUUGAGAUGAGUGAGUUCCUGGUCUGCCAGCGUGUUCCCUCGAACUGCCCCCGUAUCGCCUUCUCUUCGGCCAGCCUCUCGAAGGAGAUUGAAUUCCAGUGCUUGACAAAAUAG